AGCAACCUCAGACCUGAUAGAGGCUCAUCCGAGACCUGAACCCUUCACUUCAGCGUCUCCACACAGGACAUGUCUGAUUCCAGGACGGUCUGCGGAUGAAGGAACAACCCAACAGCGCGUGCUUAGUGGACCUGGAACAGCUCCAGCGCACUUCUCAAACAUCACCUCUUACUCUUCUCCUUUUCUUCUUCUUCUUCCUACUAAUUUUUUGUUCUUUUUCUUCCUGCUGCGCUUUUUUUUUGUUCUGCUGCAAAGUGAGCGUGUGAACGAAUGAGUCCACCAACCCGGAGUUAAUAAUAUGAACUUUCUGCCAGGUGGAAUAUGUUUGUAUUUGUAUGUGGCAACCUGCUGGUUCACAUCCACGGUCGAUUCAUCCUGGUGGUACAUGGGCACACUGGGCUCGCAGGUGAUAUGCGACAACAUCCCGGGGCUGGUGAGUAAACAGCGGCAGAUGUGCAGGCAGCAUCCCGGGGUCAUGCAGGCGAUCAGCGGCGGAGUGAGCGAGUGGAUCAGCGAGUGUCAGCACCAGUUCCGCCACCAGCGCUGGAACUGCAACACUGUGGCGAGGGACCACAGUGUGUUCGGCAAACUCCUGCACCGCAGCAGUCGUGAGGCUGCCUUUGUGUACGCCAUCUCCUCAGCGGGCAUGGUCCACACGCUGACCAGAGCCUGCAGUCAGGGCGAGCUGGACUCUUGCUCCUGCGACCCGAGAAAAAAGGGGACAUCAAAUGAUGCUAAGGGAUCCUUUGACUGGGGUGGCUGUAGUGACCAUGUAGACCACGCCAUUAAGUUCACCCAGGCAUUUGUUGAUGCCAAGGAGAAAAAGGAGCGGGAUGCACGAGCACUAAUGAACCUGCACAACAAUCGUGCAGGACGGAGGGCAGUGAAACAUUUCAUGACUCUGGAAUGUAAAUGCCACGGUGUAAGUGGGUCCUGUAACAUUCGGACAUGUUGGCUGGCCAUGGGCGACUUCAGACAGACAGGCGACUACCUGCGUAAGAAGUAUAACAGCGCCACACAGGUGGUGAUGAAUCGCUAUGGGACAGGCUUCACCAUUGCCCACAGGAAGUUCAGGAAGCCCACAAAAAAUGAUCUGCUCUAUUUUGAGGACUCACCUGACUACUGCAUAUGGGACCAUGAAUCUGGGUCAGUGGGCACAGGCGGCCGUGUGUGCAACCGGACUUCACGUGGAACCGACAGCUGUGAGGUCAUGUGUUGUGGGCGUGGCUAUGACACUUCCCACGUAAGUCGAACCACCAAGUGCGAGUGCAAGUUCCACUGGUGCUGCGCUGUGCACUGCAGAGACUGCCACGAAGAGGUGGAUGUCCACACAUGCAAAGCCCAAUCAUGACCACUGUCUACCAGAGUUAUGAAAGAGAUAUGCUGGCAUUCACAAAGCAUGUCUUUGUAACAUUGGACUGAUCCAGGAUCAGGUUUUGUGACUAUAAUUAUCGUUCAUGAGGGCUGUCGCAGUGCAGGUGAGGAACUGCACCCUAAUUCAGCACACAUACUAAUAUACUUUAUAAAACAUAUCCAUGUCAGUUAACUCAUUGGGUCUAAUAUUAAAACCAAUCAUUAGAAAAUAAGACAAAUUUACUGAGCUGAAGGCUUCAAUUGGUUAAAGCAAUAGCCAACAACAACUGAUUCUAAAAAAACAACAACAUAUAUGUAGCUAAACUAGUUUUUUUAUAUAAAUAUCAUUCUGUUGUAACAUAUUAAGUGUAUUUAUUAAGUGCUGUAUCAAGAGUGAUUGUCUCCAACAUUAUAAAUGUUGAAUGUAAAUACAAUCUAUGUGUUAUUUAAAAUAAAGCCUACAUGUAGGUGCA